AUGCGCCAACCCGGUCGAAAGUCCAAGUUCUUCGCCGACGGCAAACUCAUCGCGCGCGAGAGCACCUCCACAGCCCAGCAGCCCGUACUCGGAACCCCAUCGUUUGGAACAAGCUCAUCCACUUCUCCUGCUCCCGAAAGCUCUUCUCGUCCACCCUUUGGGGACCCGUUCAAAACGUCGGAGGCAGAACAUCCGUGGAACGCUUAUCAAUGGUAUACUGCGCUGUCGGACAAGCCUGCAGCAUCUAGCGCGUUCUUCUCAGAUAUUUUCACAUCGCCCAAUACGCGGAAUGAUGAGGACAGCAUCCCACAGCGCUCACCAAACCUCGACAUCAGCCACGUGAACUCCAAACCAUCCACGCAAGACAAUCACAGGGCCACAAUCUCCAAAGUGCUUGCACUCCUUGAAGCUGAACAUAAAGAAAGCGUCUCUAAAUCAGACACCGAUGACUUCGACACUGUUAGUCUUCUUUCCGAGUACGAUAUCAUCGAUCCGGUAACUACGAAGUCCAUGGCGGAUUCCUGGGAGGAAGUACCUACACCACCCGAGACUACGGUUGAUGUCGAACCCAUUGACGACUCCGACUGCGACGAUGAAGAUGACGAGUAUUACUCUGAGUCUUACUUCCAGUCUCACUAG